CGAGCAGGCGGCACGUACCGCGGCGCACUUCUGGGAGGAGGGGGGCUCGUGUGCGGGAUGGCCAGCACGCACGUCCCCACUCUCCCCCUCGCACCCCUGGGGCUGCUACAGUCUGUGUCGACCCCAUGCUGGCAUUUACGGUUGGGAACUUGUGCUCAGCGUGUCGAGGCCGCCGUUUCUGACCCACCGCGCCUCGGCGCGACACGCCAACCGUGCCCCAGCACCUGAGCGGCAAGGUACCGAGCGUUUCCCAGCCUCUCGCCCCGCCAAGCGAAGCGACACGUUUGCUGCUGGCAGGGCGUAGCGCGUCGCCAGAACCAGACUAUAUUCACUUAGCGUUGGCCUGGCAUGUCGAAGGCUCGCAUUGUCCAUGAGAUGGCACGCGAACUCACACAUGAGCGUCAUCCCACAGCUUGCUAUUGGCAUUGUCAUCAGCACGACUAGUUACUUUACGUUGACAGUUCGUGAGAAGUCCGCCCGUUUGCCCCAGGAGCUCCGCAAAAGUGUGGAUAGACUAGAGAAGUCCAUGGGCACUCAGGACAGCUUGGUACACCAGUUGGACGAGGAGACGGAGAAGGCCGCGGAGCUGGCGGCCAAGCUCUCCAGCGCGCGCGCCCGGGAGGCGGCACUGGCGGGCCGGCUGGAGAGCGCCGUGACCCGCGAGAAGGAUCUCGUCAAGCGCCUCGACGACCUGAGUGUUCAGCUGAACAUGAAAAGCGGCACUUAGGACGCCAUUGUUCUCUGUUGCGAGCAUGGGCAGUGGAAGCAAACAUCAUUAUCACACGAUAGGGUGGAUGCAAGAGGGAUGAGUGAGAUGAGGAGAAGGGUCAGGACAAGUAGUUGAGCCGUUGGAUGUGAAUUGGGUAGGGUAAUGAGCGCAGCAGCCCCUUCCAAUCUGCCCGAACAAGAGCCACGAGACCUGGCGGUUGAUGCGGUUCACCGACGGAAGAGAGGGCAGGAGGAGGUGGAAGAGAGAAGGUGGGAGCAGAUUGGAUUGCCAGGCUGCGGGCUCACUUUUGCGAUCGCAUUUCAGCGUACUAGGAAACUGGAAGUGGAUGUGGAUUGCUGCCCGCCAGGUGAUUGUGAGUAGACGAGAUGCAGAAUUGAGGGACGUCGUCUUAGAAUGCACACGCCUGCGCCAGCAUGGAGGCUCCCCAGGCCAACCACACCAGAUCUGAGGUGGAGUGGCCAGUGUCAGCCAUGCUUGAGGCCCGAGCAGCGUUCAGCAUCUGCGUGCACGCCUGACGUCCAAAAGGUUGUCGCUCUGUGUCGAUCCAUUCCUGCGUAGUCCUGACAUUCCCACCUGCGCGCUGCACACUCUCAUUCUUCUCCUGCACUAUCCUUGCGUGUUGCCAGAGGUCAAGCACCCACCAGUAACGGGCUCGGUUCUGGACGCACCAGAUUUGGCUCCAGUCGACGCGAGUUCUUCAUCAGGUCAGGGGCCACUGAUAGGCUCUGGGGGGACGCAUCGACCCCCAAUCGCCCACUGAUCUCCGACUGGG